AUGUCGGAGCGGCAAAUUGGACACUAUGAGAGGCCUCCUUACAAUCAGAAUACCGUUAAGUCUGUAUAUCAUGUUCGUGAGUAUGAUGUCCACAAACUCAUGCAAGUUGAGGAACCAAUCGAUAUUUUUCUUUCACAUGAUUGGCCUCUUGGCAUCACGGAUUGUGGGGACUGGAAGCAACUUGUUCGAUACAAACCUCAUUUUGAGACCGAGGUUCGGGAAAGAACCCUGGGAAGUAAACCUGCUGCUCAAUUGCUAGAAAAAUUGAAACCAACCUAUUGGUUUUCAGCUCAUCUACACUGCAAAUUUGCUGCUCGUGUUCAGCAUGGGGAAGAUGGUCCCGUGACGAAUUUUCUUGCUCUUGAUAAGUGUCUUCCUGGAAAGAAGUUUUUGCAGGUUCUUGAUAUUGACUCAGAGCCAGGGCCGUACGAGAUUCAGUAUGAUGAAGAAUGGCUAGAAAUAACUCGAAGGUUUAACCCCAUUUUCCCUCUCACAAUCAGGAGUGCAAAUUUCAGGGGCGUACAUAUUGACAAGCAAGAUUGUCGUCAAUGGGUAAGGAGUAAGCUACAAGCAAGAGGAGCCCGACCUUUUGAAUUCAGCCAGACAGCUCCAUCUUAUAAUCCCUCUAAUUCUGUCUCAAAUGGCUCCUCGCCUGGAUAUACUCGGAAUCCUCAAACAGAAUCUUUGUUGCAGUUUCUGGAACUCCCUUAUCUUCUUGAUGACAUGUCAGAAUCUUCGGAAGUAUCCAGGAGUCCUUUUCCAUCAAGCGAUAGAGAUGACAGCGAAGAGAUUCCCAUUGAUGAUGUGGAUGAGUUAGAAGACCUUGCUGAAGAGGCUGGAGAUGCUGAACAUGAAGAUGUUUGAAGAUCCAGUGUGGUGAUCAUCCUUGGUUAGAGACAUCCUUUUUGCUCUUCAAGAGUUUAGCUUUUUCUUCUUUUGGUGGAACAUGUAGCUUCUGUUAGUUUCACAAUAUUUGGGUUUGAGCGUGUCUGACCAAUGCGUUUAGGCUCUCUCUCAGUAAAGGGUGUAUGUAUUCUAAUUUAAUGUAAAUGCCUGGAUAGGUUGUUGUUCUUGCCUUCUGGCCUAUUUUUUCAGUCAAACCCCUUCCAGCCUUGUGCCUGUUCUUA